CGGAGACUUUUAUCGGGGGUGGCAUAGUGCGUCGAUCAUACAGCUUCAUUUUGCUUGUGCUGAUUUCAACGUUCUUUUAUUUAAACACUCCGGCCUUUCGUUCCGUCACAUUUCCAUAGGCUGUCAACAUGGCCAUCGACUACUUUGCGAAUCCGCCGCCAGGGCUGGAUUUGAUGGAAUCACGAACAGCGACGAACAACGCCAUAGGCAUCGUGCUAUUCAUCCUAUCACUUAUUUUUGUCCUUUUGCGGCUCUUCACGCGCUUGAGAUUGAAACAUGAGCCGCUUGGCUUGGACGACUACUUGAUGUUUUUCGCGUUGGGACUUAAUGCAGCGAAUUUGGCUUGCUGCAUUGCUGGCGGUUUUUUCGGUCUUGGGAAGCAUAUUUGGUCUCUCGGACCGUAUGAGAUGCGGAAAAUCACAAUUAUCACAUUUAUUUACGUCUACAUCUAUUCGUGGAGUGUAUGCGUCAUCAAAUUCUCCAUCCUCGCAUUAUAUCGACGCAUCUUCGGCCUCAAUUGGUUUGGAUGGUUUUGCGUUGCCUUGACCUCGGUUUACCUCCUCACCAAUCACAUUGUGCUUCCCUUGUAUACGAGGCCAUUGUCUUUCUACUGGGAACAGUGGUAUGGAGCGAAGGGCGUGAUACUGGUGAACGAAGCGAAUUUCUACCUCGGCAUUGGUAUCGCCAAUCUGUUUGGAGAUGUCUGUAUUCUUGUAAUCCCCAUCUCAAGUGUUUUGAAGCUGCAAAUGGGGCGGACGCAGAAGGUUGCGAUCUGCUUCGUGUUUCUCCUUGGAAGCUUCGUAUGCUUUGCCUCUCUCUACCGAAUCAUAACCAUCACCCAUCUCGUGCGAACAACAGACAUCAGCUGGGCCAAGAGCGACGUCUUCAUUUGGUCUUCGGUCGAACCCAGUAUCGGCAUUAUUUCCGGCUGCCUUCCUACGCUGCGACCACUUAUGGUUCGCAUUCUAGCCGUUUUCUCGAAGCGACUACCCACCAGCCAUAAGUCCUCUGCUAACAAUGACUCCAAACCAUACCCGCUCAAUCCUAUUGAGACAAUAUCGAAGAAACGCACACGCAAGGUCAUCAAAACCGAUGAUCUAGAGGGCACUCUAAUCGAAGAGGACGGAGAUGUAGUUGUGGGUGAGCGAAGUCGGGGAAAAUUAUGGAUGAAGGCGAGACACAACCACGACCAUUCAAAGUCUUGGAGGCCUGAUGAAGACGAGAUGUGCCUCACAACUACGACUGUGCAUGGGAGUGACAAAGGAGACACUCAAGGAGGAUCUGAGAAUAGUUUCUCGGGGAAAUCCGAUGCGAGAGGCAUCACCAUGACGAAGAAGUUCGAGUGGGACGACGAAAAGCGAUCCUAGUAGAGCAAGAUCGCGAUCGUGUGAGCGAACAUAGGAUCUCUCACGGCCUCUCCUAUCUGUUCGCCUCGGCCCCAGACUUCUCUUAAGAUGGCAGAUAUUCGAGUAUUGUCGACUUGAGAUAAUUUGACAUCUUUGCUAGGAGAUGUACAGUACUCUUCAACACCUAGGGCCAGGACAAUAUCCUGAACAACUCACUUUUGCCUGGCUGGUCCAAAGUCUAGCAGAUUGCGAACCCAAUUCUCACUCCU